GUGUGGUACUUUUUGAAACAAUUUCCAACGUGCAGGAAAGGAUGUCUUUCGCAUGUUUCGCAAAAAUAAACUGUUGUCUUCCUUUCGCCCUUAGCUUUUCUGUUUGAACAGACCACGCAAUCGUUGUUUUUUCGUUCAGGACAUGAGGUACUAAAACGUGUAGUUUCCCAUCAAGUCGAUUCUCCAAAUCUGAUGUCGAUGGUCGCCCCACGUUUUAGCGUUUUACAGUUAUUUAAUGUUACCAUCUACAGCGUGACGUACGUGUUUUAGAGUAAAUAGAGUAUUGCCAUCUCCAGCAUGACGUAGGUAUGCAAAGGGUUAAAUUAUCGACGAUUUUCCAUUGUCGCCGAUACAGCCAUGCUGUAUAAAUCAAAAUCCAAAUCGCCAAUUCCCUGUAACUAACCAAUUCCAUCUUCCGACUUCCACUUCGAAAACCCUUGGGCCUCGAAACGGAAAUCUCAAACGAAAAUCCAUCGCCGAACCAGCAGCGUCUCGGACGAAGCGCGCCCUCAGCGGCGUGUCCCAUGAAUCCGCCUCGAGGACGCGACAAGACGAGACGAGACGAGACGAUCAGUCAAAGCAAAGUGAACGAAGUGAUACGCGAAGUGUCGUCGUCGUCGUCGUCGUCGUCGUCGUCGUCGUCGUCGUGGCGGUGCGCGAGAUUCCCAGAAUCCCUGCCGUUUGGAUUACUCGACAGUGGCAAGGAGCAGCAGGCAGGCAGGCAGGCAGGAAGGAAGGAAGGAAGGAAGGAAGCGGCAACGAGCCGGAUAGGAGGGCGGCCUCACGAGAUCUUUUCACAGGAAAUUGCGGUUCUGUGAAUGCCGCGCGGAUUACGGAAGAGCGUCCGACCGAUGCCUGAUUUCGGGAAUCAGCGCGAGGCAGCCACGGGAUCCUGGCAUCAUCCACCUCCUCGUCCUCGUCCUCGUUUCAGCACGCCCCAGGCAUGAAGGAGCGCGAGAUGAAACUCUUUGGCUGCCGAUGGUCCUUUUGGAAUUUCGCGACUAAUCUCGCAGGGACUCCCUCGACUCCAAUAAUGCCAGGGGGCACACCUGGGACCCCAUCUUCUAAAACCAAGGACAAGAUAAUGAUGAGAACAAAAGUCGUGGUGGCUCUGUACCCUUUCCGAGCGAUCGAGGGUGGCGAUUUGUCCCUCGAGAAGGGUGCAGAGUACGAGGUGCUAGAUGAUUCUCAGGAACAUUGGUGGAAAGUCAAAGACGAGCAUGGAUCCAUAGGUUACAUUCCUAGCAAUUACGUGAAGGAAAAGGAACUCCUGGGUCUUCAGAAAUACGAAUGGUACGUGGGUGAUAUGUCCAGACAACGCGCAGAAUCAUUGCUCAAACAGGAGGAUAAAGAAGGAUGCUUCGUCGUACGUAAUUCAUCAACCAAAGGACUGUACACGCUUUCUCUCUACACUAAAGUCCCACAUCCUCACGUAAAACACUAUCACAUCAAACAGAACACCAGAGGAGAGUUUUAUCUAUCUGAGAAACAUUGUUGCGGCUCGAUACCAGAUUUGGUUAACUAUCACAGGCACAAUAGCGGUGGACUAGCCAGCAGAUUAAAAACCAGCCCUUGCGACCGCCCUGUACCACCAACUGCUGGCCUCAGUCACGAUAAAUGGGAGAUUGAUCCAGCGGAAUUGCACUUGUUGGAAGAACUUGGCUCCGGACAGUUUGGAGUAGUGCGAAGAGGAAAGUGGCGUGGUUCUAUAGACGUUGCAGUAAAGAUGAUGAAGGAAGGCACGAUGUCUGAAGAUGAUUUUAUAGAAGAAGCUAAAGUGAUGACGAAACUUCAGCAUCAAAAUUUAGUCCAGCUCUAUGGCGUUUGCAGUAAGGACAGACCAAUAUACAUUGUCACUGAAUACAUGCGACAUGGAUCUCUGCUCAACUACCUCCGUCGUCAUGAAGCAACUUUAGGAGCAAAUGUUGGUCUUCUUCUAGACAUGUGCAUACAAGUAUGCAAAGGCAUGGCUUAUUUGGAAAGGCAUAACUACAUUCACAGAGAUCUUGCUGCGCGCAAUUGUUUAGUGGGCUCAGAAAAUGUAGUGAAGGUUGCAGAUUUUGGAUUGGCAAGGUAUGUACUGGAUGAUCAAUAUACUAGUAGCGGGGGCACUAAAUUCCCAAUCAAAUGGGCACCUCCAGAAGUGCUGAACUACACCCGCUUCAGCUCAAAAUCAGACGUUUGGGCCUACGGAGUACUUAUGUGGGAGGUAUUCACAUGCGGAAAGAUGCCUUAUGGUCGCCUAAAAAACACCGAAGUCGUGGAAAGAGUGCAACGAGGAAUCAUAUUGGAAAGACCCAAGGCCUGCUUCAAAGAAGUCUACGAGGUAAUGCGAAAAUGCUGGGCUCAUUGCCCAGAAGUACGACCAUCUUUCCGUGUACUGAAGGAACAGCUAAUCAGCGUGUCUCAAGGCUUGCUCAAUGAUUGACUCAACCUUCUGCGGUGUAUGCGCCUAUCGUCGCCUUCAAGCCGGUCAAUACAGGCGGCAAAAUCUCCAUCGCUCGAACGAUCGCCCUCGAUACUACCUUCGUCUAACUCGUCGUCAUCGUACAAUUCAGCAACAUUACCGUCGUCACGUAAAACACGUGCACCCGCCUCUCUACCACCCUCGGUCGAUUUUCUACAUCUCUCGUCAUCCACGUGUAAAUUAAAGAAAGAGGGGUCAUCCUCACCGAGUACACCCGGCCACCAACCUAGUCAACCAUCAUCAAGCUCGUCGAACGUCUGUGACAUUUGCAGUUCCUACGGACACCCGUGGAUUGAAAUUUGCAAGGCGAUACGAGCCACUAAAGGCAAAUAAGAAUUGUGUGUGUGUCCCGAAAGUAUGUGUGUCGAUUUCAACGAUUGUAUUAACGCAGCUUACAAGACAGCAGAAAAGAGAACGAGAAAAACGAACAAAAAAAGAAAAGAAAAAGAGAGAGAAAGAAGGAAAGAAAGAAAGAGGAAGAAACAAUAUUAAUACGACAUUAUUUGAUCCUGCAGCAUCGCAAUCCUUUACUCUCCUUUACGCUCGUUUCUCUCUCCCUUCUCUCUCCCUUCUCUUCAUCCUAACUUUCAGAAACUUUCCCUCUUUACUAUAGAUACUUUAGAUAUUAUUUUUUCUCGUCGAACAAAAAAGCUAUCCGAGCGCGUGAUAUUCACUGUGUUUCUCGGAUACUAGGUUUUCUCAAACUGUCCUAACCUUCAACCCCCCGACCCCCUGCCUCGCCCAUCAUGAGUUUCAUGAGUAUCUGUUCCAUGCAACGAUACAAAUGCAUUUACAAAUAGAACAGUAGUAUUUAUUGAUUGUCCUUCGAACAGGAUAUACUAGUAUGUUGUGAUUUUUCCGUAGAAACAUAUACUGUCCUUUUGUUAUUGACUUUUUAACAAGAACAGUAAACGUAACUCCACGAAUGAGAACAUUAUUUCUGCUUGAUAAGUGAAUUUAAUAAAUGAAUGUCUCACUUGUGUAUUAUAUACUAUGACAAUUUAAUAAAAUAGAAUAAAGAAAA